CAAUUAAGUUACACAAGAUUUUCACAUUGUUGCAUUUUUGUACGCAGUCGCGGCUUGUAAGCUUGAAAAUAAAACUUUAUUAAACGUUUUUGGAUUAAGAUAAGUGACUUGGUGAUGGACGGAAACAUGGUUGGAAGCAUCAGGAUUUUCCUUUGUGCUUUCUUACUGCCUGCAUUAGUUUAUGGAAUGCCAUACAGACAACAACAACAAGAUCAAUGUGUAGAUAAUUAUGUAUGGAUGAUGGACGGAUCGGUAGACUGUAGGUAUAUAGAGGUAGAGUCUCUGUAUGGUCUUCACAAAGACCCUAUGCGCUGGUGUACCAAUGGUUUGACAGAUUGUUGUGACACUUGCAGGAGAGUACAGAGUCGAUAUCAAAGUAUUGAAGUACAAAAUGUGGUGAGAAACUCAAUUGGACAGACAGUGGUGCAAGUUCAACUUGAACCACAACAAGUUAACAACGAGCCUAAACAAAUGAACAACGAGCCUCAACAAAUGAACAACGAGCCUCAACAAAUGAACAACGAGCCUCAGCAAACGAACAACGAGCCUCAACAAAAUAACAACGAGCCUCAACAAAUGAUGAAUGAACCCCAGCACACGAACAACGACAUGAUUAAAGGACUGUGGCAAAGAAACUGGAGAUAGAGUAUCCAUAAUAAAUGCAGCACAAAUCUAAGAACCGUGUCCAUUUUAUCAAAACUUAUAAAGAGCUUUAUUUUGUGGACCUAUUGAUAGGUGGACAAAUAUUUAUGCUGGCAUAAACAUUUCACAUAAAUUACUUAAAAUGGAUUGAACUCUGCAGAAAUAUUCAUACUCCGUUAUUAAUGGGGUUUAUAUAAGGUGACAAAAUAGCAAAAACAAAUCAACGUGUUUUGUUUUAAUAUGCAAAAUAUCCCAUAUUUUACUAAUAAUGUAUCUAUUAAUUCUUAAAACAUUCCAUGAGUUUUUUUUCUAUUUUUUCAUUUUUCGAAACUUUGUUCGUUUAAUUAGAGACGCGAAUCUUUAAACUU